GUAGUGUUGGUGACAAGCUUGUGAUCACACAAAGGGAGAACUUUGCUGACAAUUCACUGGUUCUGGGACCCAGGUAUCAAGCAGUAGAUUUCAAGUUGUCUUCGGCUCUUCACUUGCAUAAAAAUAUUUCAGGAGUAUGUGUGCUUGGCAUCAACUCGGGCAGCAAGAGAACACACACAGUGCGAGAAGCAAGACUGAUUCGAGCUUACACAGUUUCUGGCCAGUUUGGGCGGGCCACUGAUACUCAUUUUCAUGAUGGCAAGGUAGUGGAGAAGUCGAGGUAUACACACAUGACGAGGGGCAAGCUACUGAAGGCGAUCAUGAGCAUCCAGUCAGCACAUCAGCAUAAGGCAAUCAACUUUUUAGGUCUGGAUCCACACUCACAGGAGGCAUAUGAGGCUCUGUCUUCUGAAGGUCUAGUCAGACCCGCCAGGAAUUCUCCCCCUAUGAUAUAUGGCCUUAGUAUUGUUGACUUUGAUCUACCCAGCUUUACUCUUGAAGUGUUAUGCAUCAAUGAAACCUGUGAUUAUUUGAAACUUCUUAUUCACGACCUUGGACUUCAACUGAAGACCUCAGCAGUGUGCACUCAAGUGCGUUGUAUCCGCCAUGGACCCUGGACACUCCAUCAUGCACUGCUUCGUAAACACUGGUCUUUAGAGCACAUCAUCAAUAAUAUUGGUGUUUGUAAUCCUAUGGCUAAAACUGUAACACCUAAGGUAGCCAGUUUAGUAAAUACUAAAAAUGUAAAUACUGGAUAUUUGAGUAAUGAAAAAUAACAUUGGCAAUUACUGUGCUUGUAAUUUUAAUAAAGUAAAUUUACUUUGUACAGUGUGUGAUCUGUAUAUAUAAUUUACUCACAUUGAGCUUUUAAUUAUCCAAAAUCUUGAUACACUAUUGUCUCCUUCAGGUAUUAUUAGUGAGAAAUGUUUACACUGGUGAUGCUCUGAACAAAAAAUAAUGAAUUGUGAACUAAAUUAUUCUGCCAGGUUGCCAAGAUAAGAAUGAAACUGUUCACUAUAUUAUUUAAAUUAUUUCUUAAGUAUCUAUCUUUCAUUUCUGGUUUUAGACUGGCUUUAAUAUUUUUGACAGGCAAUACCGAGAAAUAAACUUGUCACUCAUC